GAUCGUCCCAAUAUUAUACGAUUUACAAACUGCGAUAUUUAACGGGGAAAUUCUCGUGUCAAACAGCGCACGCGGACGUUGGGAGUCUCGUACGAAUCGGAAGAUGCUUCCGUAGGAAAUUACAAUGUGAAAAUACACAGUUCGAGAAGCCAUGUGUUCGGGAAAGAUUUUGGAAUCUUAUUUCUUAUCGGGAUUAAUUGUUACUUUGCUUUGUUUCGCCUCGGGAAAAUUUAACAGCAGAACUACUGACCGUGAUCAACUUUCAACUGACAAACAUAACCUACUGCAACAUUUAACAGACGAUGAUACCCUUAUAACAACGUUAGAGAAACCACCUCGCAAAUCUGCCCAUUUUACAAACGCUCGCCAUAGCAAAAUAACAAAGGUCGUCAUAAAAAAUUCUGAUAAAAAAUCAUCAAAAUGGCGUGAAAAUAAGUUACGCAAAUUUCGGGAAAAGAAGAAGAGUUCCAGGAAUAGGUUUAUAGAAAAAAGCGAACAAUCCAAAAAUUGGUUGGGACGAUUCAUAAAGGAAAAGGGAAAUUCUAGGAAGGUGAUUCACAGAAAAAGCCGGGACGAUGGAUCGACCUAUGAGGACGACGAUAAUGAAGAUAUUCGAAGCAAAGACGAAGAGGAAGAUGAAGACGUUCAGCUGAUUAUAAUUCCAAGAAAGCCACGGAAACAUUUGCAGCCGAAAGUUCGAGUUCAAGACGUGAAAGACACAAAUGGAGAAUUACAGGUGUCGGAAAACACGGAAAGUGAUUCCGAAAAUGAUAACAAAGUUUCUGGAAAUUCCGUUGACGAUUCCGAAAAGUAUCCCGAAAUCUCUAACAGUGAUAAUGACGACGUCAGCGAUUCCGAGAAUUUGCAGAAUUCUGGAAAAAUUUUCAAGAAACCAAAGCGAUUCCAUCAGAAACAUCUCCAGGAUAAAUCAAAAAAUGCAAACGAUGAUGCCACUUUGACUUUGGAAAGAGUUGCACCCGAACGGGAUGAUGACGACGAUUCUAAAAAUAGCCACCAAUCAGAUGGGGGAGAUUAUGACUUACAUCUUAAAGUGAAAGAUAAGAGUGGAACGAAGGUCAAACUAAGUGGAGAUCUCCCAGGAAACAUUGGAAACCUUAUGGCGGUUGGAGAGGACGGAGGAAAGGUGGUGUUAAAAAAUACUGGGGAAAAUUCAGAGGAAUCAUCAGACGUUGUAAAGAGCGUAAAGUUACAAGACGGUAUUGAUGAUGCAACUACUGACAAACUAGCGCAAAGUUUGAUCAAAAUAAAGUCCGGUAAGUUUAAACAUUCACCUUAUCCAUCCACUGUUUUGUUAAAACCGAACGGUGGCAUCAAUGAGAGUCCUAAAUUACCCGACGAAGAUGACUCAAAUCAAAGCCCUACGCUUUUCAAAAGUCCGAGUAACGACGGGAACUCAAUUCAGGAGCCCCCGGCCAACAAACUUACGUCAUUGGCACGCGACGAAGCUGACGCCAAAGCGGAGCCAGCAGCCAAUCAACAACCGGGUGAUAAUAUUUUUGCGCCAAUGGAAUUCGAGAACGGCGAUGACGAAUUAAUGGCAACAAGUAGACUGUUGGACAUCGCACAAAAAGUAGACGAUGUGUCAUCGUUGAAAGACGUCAAGGAUUCGUCGAAUACCGUGAAAGAACGGCCAAGUCGACCAGCUAAAUCCUUAAAGGAGUUAACAAACGAUAUGGAAGUAAGACGGACAUCAAAAGCAUUCCUAAAAUCAACAACCAUUCCUUCCAAAAAAUACAGCGAACAAUCGGAAGACAUCGAAGAUGAAUCGAACAACAAUUGGUACAAGAUGCAAUCGUUGGAGGAUCGUGUCGUAAACGAGGGAACCACGGCGAGAGCCGGCAAAGACGUCGGCUACUACAAUGGUCAGGAAGUGAGCGUGGUUAGCCCAGGUCAACUGCAGUUACUUCAGACGGAGUAUCCCAGUUACCCAGCUUACCUUACGCCAUUGCUUCGAACCAAUUUUACCAAGAAAGCGUAAACACGGAUGGCAUUUAGAAAUCGUGUGAACUGAUGGUGUUCUGGGUUUAAUUGUCGAAUUUCCUCAAAAUGGCGAGCCGAUAUACGAGGAUUACGAGGAUGCAAGAACUCGUUGAGAAUGUUGUUGGUUUUAAGGGAUUUGGAAAUAGCAGAAUCUAUGAAGUACAGUAAUCCUUAGGCCGGUUGUAUCAAGCCCGUUUAGUUUAAACGGUGGAUAAGUCAAAAUUAAAUAACACUCUUAGAUCUCUCUUGAGUGAGUCAACUUGAAUAUUAUGCACUGAAUAUGUAGUAAACAGUAUCUUUGUAUCAAGGUUAAAAGCAUUUAGUUGUCUUGUUGAAAAAAACGAUAGAGUUGCUUUCUAUUUUGAACUUUUCCACAGUUUAAGCUAAACGGGCUUGAUAACCGGCCCCUGAACCUUCAAUCGACGUACCCAAGCAUUUAUCACAAAUACGUAUAAAUAUAUAAAUAUAUACCAAUUGCUCAUAUGUUAACUAUUUGGUUAACAUAUGAGCUCAGAACGGUUGUCAAAAUAGAAUUCCAUAAUUCUAAAUCCAACAUUUAUUCAAUUAUAUCUCUUGCUAUUCUUUAUGAAAACAUGGAUAAUAAAAUGAACAUUCAUUUUAUUAUCAAUGAUGAAACUAUUCGAAAUUUUGUGAUUAUGUUUUACGGUUAUAAAAACUAUAGCUUGUUUCAACCAUUUCAACCGAGAAACAGAUUUUUACUCAGUGACAACUAGUCCCAGAGUUUUCCAGCCAUUUCAGAUCGCCUGGUAUAUGAAUUGACUGUAUUCCACAUUACGGUGUUCUUUUUGGUAAUUUUUAAGCAAUGAGUUCAGAAUCUUAAUUUCUGCGGGGCUUUCUAAACUAAAGAUUGUUCAAAUUUUAUAAGAAUAGUCAAUAGUUGAGGAAUUGUAAUAAACA